AUGUGUGCUUUUGGUUUCCGUGUUAACAAGUACACUGCGGGCAUAGCCGUAAAAUGUUAUUGUCGAUUGCGUCUCUCAAAACACGGCCUUACAGUCAUGGGCUUUUGCUUCAAACAAGGUGUGGAACCUCAUGUCUCCACUUGCAAUAUGCUCCUAAAAGGGUUCAUUCGGGAACAAAUGACUUAUGAGGCAGAACAGUUGUUUCGUCUCAUGAACAGACGCCAACUAUAUGAACCUAAUUUAGUGACCUACAAGACUAUGAUUGAAGGGCUUUGUAAGGUCGGCUCUCACUAUGCUGCCAUUGGUUUGCUUAGUCUCUGCAAAGACAGAGGAAUGAUAGAUGAUGUUUACCAUCUAUUGAUAGAAAUGUUUUAUCACAAAGUCAUCCCACCUAACGUCCACACAUACAACUCUAUGAUCUAUGGCAUGUCUAAGUUAGGUUAUUGGGACGAUGUCUGUCUCAUGCUUAAAAGAAUGGAGAAUGAAAAAAUCCAUCAGGAUGUCAAAACUUUCAAUAUUAUUGUCGAUGCACUCUGCAAACUAGGUAAGAUAAAUGAAGCACAAGCCGUUAUCGACAUCAUGGAUAAGACCAGUGGUAAGCAUACACCUGACAUAGUCACCUACAAUUCACUUAUUGAGGCCUACGGUUGGAAAAAAGGGGAAAUGCGCGAAGCAAGGAGAGUUCUUGAUUCGUUGGCCUCCAAAUGCAUCAUACCGACUACUGUUACUUACUACAAGUUAGUGCUUGGGUUAAUGUUUGGCAAGUACAAAGAUGCAGUUGGUUUGUUCCAUCUGAUGGAUGGCAGCGGGAUGAAUUCAGAUGCCUAUGUGCACAUUAUACUCAUUCGUCGCGCAAUCAAAUGCCACAAGUUUGAUGACGCGAGGCGCUUUUUCCAUGACUUACUUGUUGCAGACAUAUCAGGGCAUAAAAAGAUUCAACGUGAAGCGAUAAAAUUUAAAGGUCUACAUGGGAAUCUAGACAGAGCAUCGCGACAUGUGGAUUUUGAAGAGUGGUUUCCUCGGGUUAAAUUGAAUUUAGAUUGGUGA